AUGGGCAAUACUGGUUGGAAUAAAAGUUCAUCAUCCAAUAUUAAUGAUCCAUCUGUGAAUUCACAAUCUACAAUAAUUAAUGAUUGUGUUCGUAUAAGUACUAAUCAUCCGGAUGGUUUCUAUUUUACUGGUGAUACGAUUGUUGGCACUGUUGAAAUUCCUAGCACACUUAUAAACUCAAGUAAUCGAACAAUACCAUCUGCUAACAAAAUGAAUAAGACAAGAUUAUUAAUUGAAUUAGUUGGUAACGCUGUUUAUUCAGCCGAAGUUGAUACCGGUGCUGAUAGUGAUGGGCAUGCUUUACACGAUGUUAAUGUUUGCCGUCGUCAAUUUACAGUAACGCUUGAAUCAAAUCAACAAGAAGAAGAAACAAGUUUAGACACAAUCGUAAGUUCCAUAUCAAUAACUGAUAGCGGAACUGAUGAUAAGAACGAUUCAAUGCAACAAAGUUUAACGGGUAAAUUCACUGUCAGUAUUCCCGAUUAUUUACCGCCGUCGUUAAAUGAUAAAAAUUAUCCGCAUAUUGCGUACUAUCUUGAGUUAAUGUUACUGGGAAAUAGUGGAUCAAGUUGGCGUGGAACAGAUUUACGUUAUCAAAUUCCUCUCUACAUUAGUUCGCGAGGAUCGCAUAUACCAUCGAUGAUUGAUCGUAAUGAUUUAUUUCGAAAUAAUAUUAACAGACAUGACAUACAGAUGACUGUAAACUUAACCCAUACCUAUUUUCAUCCUGGUGAUGCAAUCGCACUUAAUAUCACUUACAUAAAUCCGCAACGUCGUUAUAUUCGCUCUAUUAAUUUACAACUUAUGCAAUACUUUCUUGUGGCAAAUGAUAUUGGUGGAAAAUGCUUAGAAGAAAAAGAGUGGACAUUUGAUACAGAUACAAAUACAACAUGGAGCGGAAACGAACAAUUACAGUUGCCCACUAAACAUUUACCGGCAUCCUAUUCGAAAACAACAGUUGGUACCACCACUUUGAUACAAUGUGAGCUAGGCUAUCAUAUUGUUGUCGUAUUAAAAGAAAAAGGAUUAUUAACCGAAGAUUUACGUGUUAUUGUACCAGUUGAAGUUACCUAUCAUUGA